AUAAACACGGCCAUUCCGGAAACCUGCUAAACUUUAACUCCUGCUUUCAUGGCACCCUUUUGCUUGAAUGACAGUCUGAUGUUCAUUGAUGGAUUGACGGCGUGUUGAUUGGAAUCGAGACGCGGUUAACCGGUAGACAUGGCAUUAUGGAUCCAGGCUCAGCAGUUACAGGGCGAUGCCUUACAUCAGAUGCAGGCACUCUAUGGCCAGCACUUCCCCAUAGAAGUACGCCACUACCUCGCUCAGUGGAUUGAGACACAGCCUUGGGAUGCCAUAGAUGUGGAGAAGCAGCAGGAGGAGUUUAAGGCAAAGCGUCUGUUGGACAGUUUGAUCCAGGAGCUGCAGAGGAGGGCGGAGCAUCAGAUGGGGGAGGAUGGCUUCUUGCUCAAGAUCAAACUGGGACAUUAUGCCACGCAGCUAAAGAGCACGUAUGAGGCAUGUCCAAUGGAGUUGGUACGAUGUAUCAAACACAUCCUCUACACGGAGCAGAGACUCGUACAGGAGGCUUCUAACGUGAGCUCUGCAGGGGGCGGGGCGACAGACGCUACACCUCAGAAAUACCAGCAGAUCAACCAGAUGUUUGAGGAGCUGCGUGCUAUGACACAGGAGACGGAGAACGACCUGCGCAAACUCCAGCACAGUCAGGAGUAUUUCAUCAUCCAGUACCAGGAGAGCCUGAGGAUCCAGGCUCAGUUGAGUAGUUUGGCAAGUUUGGCGCCAGCAGAGCGUGUGCAGAGAGAGGCGAGUUUGCAGAGCAGGAAAGCUACACUAGAGGCCUGGAUAACUCGAGAGGCUAACACACUGCAGAAAUACAGACAGGACCUAGCAGAGAAGCACCAAAGGACUCUGACGUUGUUGAGGAAACAGCAGACGGUGAUCGUGGAUGAUGAACUGAUCCAGUGGAAGAGACGACAACAGCUUGCUGGAAAUGGGGGACCUCCAGAAGGAAGUCUAGACAUCCUGCAGUCCUGGUGUGAGAAAUUGGCCGACAUGGUUUGGCAAAACCGACAGCAGCUUCGGCGUGUCGAUCACCUAACGCAACAGCUCCCUAUCCCCGGCCCUACAGAGGAACUGCUCAAAGAACUUAACGCUACCAUCACCGACAUCAUCUCGGCACUCGUCACCAGCACGUUCAUCAUCGAGAAACAGCCUCCACAGGUGUUAAAAACGCAGACUAAGUUUGCGACGACGGUACGUCUGCUGGUCGGGGGAAAGCUCAACGUCCACAUGAACCCCCCACAGGUGAAGGCCACCAUCAUCAACGAGCAGCAGGCUAAAGCUCUACUCAAAAAUGAGAGCACCAGGAAUGACAGUAGUGGAGAAAUCCUGAACAACAACUGCGUGAUGGAGUAUCACCAAACCACAGCCACUCUGAGCGCCCACUUCAGGAACAUGUCUCUGAAGCGCAUCAAACGCUCGGACAGACGCGGUGCCGAGUCGGUGACGGAGGAGAAGUUCACUGUCCUUUUCGAGUCUCAGUUCAGUGUCGGAGGAAAUGAGCUCAUGUUUCACGUCAAGACGUUAUCGCUGCCCGUUGUGGUCAUCGUGCACGGUAGUCAAGACAACAACGCCACGGCAACCGUGCUGUGGGACAACGCCUUCUCUGAGCCGGGUCGCGUCCCCUUUGUGGUGCCUGAUAAGGUGUCCUGGCCACAGCUGUGUGAGGCUCUGAAUAUGAAAUAUAAAUCGGAGGUGCAGAGCGAGCGGGGAUUAUCGGAGGAGAACCUGGUGUUCCUCGCACAGAAAGCCUUCAGCAGCUCAAGCAACAACCCUGAGGAUUAUCGCAACAUGACCAUGACCUGGUCCCAGUUCAACCGGGAGAGUUUACCAGGUAGGAACUUCACCUUCUGGCAGUGGUUUGAUGGAGUCAUCGAGCUGAUGAAGAAACACCUGAAGGCUCAUUGGAAUGAUGGGGCGAUCUUGGGCUUCCUGAAUAAACAGCAGGCUCAGGACAUGCUGCUGUCCAAACCAAAUGGCACCUUCCUGCUGCGCUUCAGCGACUCGGAGAUCGGCGGGAUCACCAUUGCUUGGGUGGCGGAGAACCCCAACAAAGCAGGAGAGAGGAUGGUGUGGAACCUGAUGCCCUUCACCACAAAAGAUUUCUCCAUCCGCUCUCUGGCUGACCGCAUCAGUGACCUGAACCACCUGCUAUUCCUUUAUCCCAACCAGCCCAAAGACGAGGUGUUCUCCCGCUACUGCACGCCGCCCAACUCUAAAGCGGUGGGAGACGGCUAUGUCAAACCAGAGAUCAAACAGGUUGUCAAAGUAGAGUUUGCCUCAUCCAAUCCUGAGCAAUCUCCUGGAAACGCCACCUUCAUGGACUCUUCGCCUACCAUCACUCAGCCGGGCAGUUUCCCUAUCUACCCCUCCAUUGGUGAUCCGAUCCUCGAUGAAGGCGGAGAUUUCGAUCUGGACGAGACAAUGGACAUGGCCAGACAGGUGGAGGAAUUCCUAAGCCAGCCUUCGGAGGCACAGUGGAGCAGACAGCAGUCAUGACCUUUGAAUUACACAGAGUUGACCCCGGGGUUCUGUCCGUCCCCCCCCCCCCCCCCCCCAUCCCCAUCAAUUUUUUUUUUUUUUAAACAAAUGUUUGAUAGCUUGCCAGCAACUUUGCGAUGUUCUUCGUGAAGCUGCUUCUUUGCAUGACAGCAAUGCAUGUGUAUGUGUUCUGCUAGCCACUUACCUAGGAUUAAAACAGGAGAAAGGAAUUAUGAACAAUGUUUUAUAUUAAAUCUAAAAAUACAAAGGAAGAUAUACGUAGAGAAUAAGGAAUUAACCAGCCUUUAAAGCUAAUGCUAACGCUAAACAUUUUGGACCUAAUGUACAUGAUCAGUUAUUGAAAGCUAACAGAAAAUUAGACUCUGUUCAGAACAACGCUCAUAAAAAUGAAGUACAGUUUUGUGCUUUUUGACAAAAAUGUAGUUGAUCACUGAAUAGCUAAUAAGCUAGUUAGCCAAAUCGUUCUUUUGGUUUUCGGGAACUGUGAGAGGAAAUUACAUCAAAAAGCUGGUGUUCCUGUAUUUUAAAAAACAAAACAAAAAAAACAUAGCUCCACCUUCUUGUCAGCUCAUGCUAUCGAAGUGUCCCAUGCGACAAAUAGCUGUUUAUCGCAAAAUUAAUUCUGUUUGUUCAGUCUGAGCACUGAUUAACAUUUCUAACUGCAGAAACCAAAAUCAUUCAGGAAGCUCUCUGUUAUUCAACAUUUUAUCUGAAAUCUUGCACGGAUCAUAUGAUUCAACUCAGUUUGUUGCAGAUAGAUGUCGGAAAGGUCCAUCAUUUUUAAUACAUAAUUUCCAUUUCCUUCAGCGGACAUUUAACGAGUGUUCAGAUUCCUCUUAAAAAAUUCAGUUCUAGUUUAAGGUAACUGUGUAACAGUGGGCUGGAUUCAGAGUCGGCGUCCAAAAAUGGUCAACAUUUCACACAGGGAAAUUCCAAUUAUUAAAAUCACCUGUGUGGAAUUUAUGCCUUCGUCAGAUUAUUUUUGUGAGUAGAAGCUUCUGAGACGUGAUUUUUCAAAAUCAUCGACGGUAUCACAACGCAAACAAGCCCUUGCCUUUUAACCCCUUAAAAAAUCAGGGAUUAGAAAAAAGGGUUUUUUUUUGUACAUUAUUUUAUUUGAGAAUUUUAAGUGGAAAAAUAAAAACACUAAUAUUAAUGUCCGAGUGUUGAACUGAAUCUAAUCGGAGUCUCGUGUAGUGCUACGUGAAUAGUGCUGGCUGUAAAGAGGAUGCUGAUUUAAUUGAACAAAAACAGCCUCCACGCUCCUCAUUCAGCAGCACAUAGAAUAGAAUAGCAUUUGAUCCAGCAUAAACUCUUCGUAUGGUGGUGGGGUUUUUUGUUUUAACAUCAUGCUCCAACACUUAUUUGUGCACAACAACUUGAUGAAACUAAACUCUGAAAACAAUCCAAAGGGUUUAGAAUUGACUUGUUGUAAUAAUGUGAAGUUUGAACUGAAAUAGUGAAGAAUCGCAAUUGUCAACUAAAAAAUUCAAGCUCACUUUACCAGGAAAUAUUUUUUAACGCUUCUUUGUGGCAUAACAGCAUAAAUAAGACAUUUUAGCUGGGUCUGUAUUUGCUAAACAAAACUGUGAUAAGCUGAGAUUGAGCCUGGUUAACUCUGAGGUAGUGAAAACUGAUUGAAAUUCUCAGGCAAAAGCAUCUAAAGCAUUUUUUUUUCACCAAUCUUUUGGCCCUGGUUUAACUCUGGAGUUAAAACGCUACCGUUAAUCCAUACAAUCCGGGACCAAUAGUUAGCAUGAUUAGCAUUAGUCUUAUUGUGAGCUGUUUUUCUCUUUCCGUGCCUUAGCUGAGAAAUGAUGUCUGGCGGAUCGAAUGCCUUCAAACCUGUGAAGUGGAAACCUGAAGCAGGAAGUGAACAUUAGAGCAGGAUGAUUCCUUAAAUCAGCUACUGUUUUUCAGGGAAAAAAAACCCAUACUUUUUAGUUUUGCUAAAUAUUUGGAUAGAGACUCUCACUACCUCUGAUAAUAAAGGACCUGAACUCAUUUUAUAUACAUAUGCACACUCACUGGCCACUUUAUUAGGAACACCCAUCUAUCCACCUGCUGUUUGAUGCAGUUCUCUAAUCAGCCAAUCCCUUGACAGCAGCACAGCACAUAAAAUCAUGCAGCUCCAAAUCAAGAGCUUCAGUUAAUGUUCAGUGUUCAAACAUCAGAAUGAGAAAAAUUGUGAUCUCAAAGUGACUUUCACUGUGGCACGGGUGUUGUUUUGAGCCAGAUGGACUGGUUUGAGUAUCUCAGAAACUGAUCUACUGGGGUUUUCACACACCACAGUCUCUAGAGUUUACACAGAAUGGUGCCAAAAACAACACUGAGUGAGUGGGCGACAGUUCUGUGGGUGGAAAGUAAACAAACACCUUGUUGAUAAGAGAGGUCAGAGGAAAAUGGCCAGAUUUGAGGUGGUUGAAGCGGUUCUUUUGUUUUGUUUUACCAGGAAGGAUAUAGUAACUCGUAUCACUCUUUACAACUGUGGUGAGCAGAAAAGCAUCUCAGUGUGCAACAGCAGAACACCACACUGGGUUCCACUCCUGCAGCCAAGAACAGGGACAUUAGAAUCAAGAACAAGUUCCUAAUAAAGUGGCUGAUGAGUGUACAUAUGUGUUUAUUCUAUCCACAUUCACUGGAUAUGAGCAAUUGCAUGCUCUGAUUGGCUACUCUAAUACUAGAAUAUCAGCUCAUAUACUGUGAGUAGACAAAUGCCGGCACGUGUUGCUGAACCAACCGAGGACGAAAUAAAAACUCUACUCAACCCCCCCCCCCCCCCCCCCCAAAAAAAAAGCAACUAAAUAUGGAAUGAAAGUAUUUGAUGGUAAGAAUGUAUGCUUGUUUGUUUUUUUCCCCCAAGAAUUAUUAUUACCGGGUUUUUUUUUUUUUUAAUAAAUCCCCCACUGGCCAAAAGGCCCAAAGGGGGAUUAUGUUGUGGCGAUGUCUGUCCAUCCAUCCCAGGAAGGGUGCUCAACUCCUUUCACAAUUUUUGGAGGAAUUUCACAAAACUUGCCAGGAUUCUUUGUUAUAUGUUGAUAAUACGCAUAUUGUAACUUCGUUAAAUUGGGUCACAUUUUACCAGAGUUACAGCCCUUGAUUAACAAAAUUAUACUUUGACAAUUUCAUGAGGGUGUGGGGUUUUUUUCCCCCUCCUUCUAAAAGCAACUCCUCUCUCAAUUUUGGGAGGAAUUUCACCAAAUUUGGCAAAAGGCAUUGUUAUGUUGGUAGUACGCAUAUUGUUAUUUUCUUCAAAUUGAUCACAUUUUGAGAGUUGUAGCCCUCAAUUAACAAGCUUAUAUUUUCACAUUUUCAUGAAAGUGUGCUUGCCUUCUGACAUAAACUCCUCUCACAAUUUUUGGACAAAUUUCUCGAAACUUGGCAAAAGGCCUUGUUACAUGACGAUAAUACGCAUAUUGCGAUUUAAUUUUGUUUGUGAAAAUCUUACCAGAGUUUUGACCCUUGGUUAAAUAACUUUUGUACUUUGACAAUUUCAUGAGGGUGUACGUUCUUCUGAAAUUAACUCCUCUUACAAUUUGUGGAGGAAUUUCACCAAACUUGGCAAAAGACUUUGUUAUAUGACAGUUAUACGCAUAUUGAAAUUUCAUUUAAUUUGGACAAAUCUUACCAGAGUUAUGCCCUUGGUUAUUAACAAACUUGUACUUUGGCAAUUUCAUCAAGAUGUGCUUGCUUUCUGAAAUCAACUUCCCUCACAAUUUUUAUUAUCCCCUGUUGGCCGAAAGGCCCGAAGGGGGAUUAUGUCGUGGUGAUAUCUGUCCCAGGAAGGGUGCUCACCUUCUGAAAUCAACUCUUUUUUCACAAUUUUUGGAGGAAUUUCACAAAACUUGACAGGAUUCUUUGUUAUAUGUUGGUAAGAUGCAUAUUGUAAUUUCGUUCAAUUCAGUCGCGUUUUACCGGAGUUACCGGUAUGGCAUAGUUGCCAGCGGGGGAUAUUGUGCUCUCAGAGCACUCUUAUUACAAAUUGCUACUGUCCUUUUGCCAAUUUGUUUACAUAGUGGAAAUUAUUUUGUCAGAUGUUUUGUAUAAAAAUUUUUAUUUAUCGAAUUUGCAAAAAAUAAAAAUGCUCUGUUUCUGAAAAUCCAGUGAAUGCAGAUAGAAUAAAACGGUCAUUCCACUCAAUCUUAUCGUACAUGGCUUAUAGACAACUCGGUGCUACGCGCCUCUUUGGCUAUCAGGUCAUAUACGACUCGAUUUCGCAGCAUAACUGUUAAGUAUUCCUCUGUUCACCUUUUUCCUUCUUUGAUGUCUUCUCGUUUUUCACCACAUUAACAUCCUGAUCGAUGUCAUUGCCAAAAAUUCUCCAAGAAAGUUUCUUUAAUGCCCAAGUGAUUUUCUUUCACAUUACCUCACGUGUGUAAAAGACCCGACAAACUGUCCCCCUCUUAAUUAUUUUCCUCCUUGUUUUUCUAAUUGCAUCUUUUUGUGUCUGUUGCUGAAGUGACCUACACUCUGAAUUUUUUUAUAAUGUGUUUUAUGAGCUAUUAUUCUUGAAUUAAUUAAUCAAUCAAUCAUGCCUUUUUGGCUGAUUCUUUAAUAGUAAAAAUCAUAGCAAUGUAUAAUUCUAAUGUUUUGUUAAUUUUUAUAUAUUAGUUAAUUAUUAAUUUAUAUUAAUGUCAGAGUGAAAAUGACAUCCAUAAUGUCCUUUUGGGUUGUAAGUCCUCAUGGCUGAAGCAGUUGCACCAUUGUGAUACAUUUAAAAAAAAAUUAAAUCUAUUUUUUUAUUUAUUCCUUCACAUUACUGCCUUUAUGAACAGCCUAACAAACUCAUCAUAUACUUUUUUUUUAAAUAAUAGUACUACGGAUUUACACUGAUCAUAUCCCCCUUUAGGGAUUAGGCAACUUUUUAAAAAGUGUUGUUUUUUUUUUUUUUAACAACUUGUAAUUAAUUAAAUUCUGUUUCUUAAUUUCCUCCUCAUUUUGUCCCUGGUCAUAAGGGAAGCAGUUUGACCUUUUCGUCACCCAAAAGUCUUGUUUAUAUUU